CUGGCCGCGGGGAGUGGCUGCCUGGGAGGCGCACGGAGCAGGGUCCGCGGCUCAGAUUUUAGGUAAUGGGCAAAUCUGAAAGUCAGAUGGAUAUAACUGAUAUCAACACUCCAAAGCCAAAGAAGAAACAGCGAUGGACCCCCCUGGAGAUCAGUCUCUCUGUCCUUGUCCUGCUCCUUACUGUCAUUGCAGUGACAAUGAUAGCUCUCUAUGCGACCUAUGAUGAUGGUAUUUGCAAGUCAGCAGACUGCAUAAAAUCAGCCGCUCGACUGAUUCAGAACAUGGAUGCCACUACUGAGCCUUGUACAGACUUUUUCAAAUACGCCUGCGGAGGCUGGUUGAGACGCAACGUCAUUCCUGAGACCAGCUCCCGUUACAGUAACUUUGACAUUUUAAGAGAUGAAUUAGAAGUUGUUUUGAAAGAUGUCCUUCUGGAACCCAAAACUGAAGAUAUAGUAGCAGUGCAGAAAGCAAAAACAUUGUAUAGAUCUUGUAUAAAUGAAUCUGCUAUUGAUAGCAGAGGCGGAGAACCUCUACUCAGGCUGUUACCAGGUAUAUAUGAUUGGCCAGUGGCGACAAAAGACUGGGAGCAAACAUACGGUUCUUCUUGGACAGCUGAGAAAUCUAUUGCACAGCUGAAUUCUAAAUAUGGGAAAAAAGUCAUUAUUAAUUUUUUUGUUGGCACUGAUGAUAAAAACUCUAUGAACCAUAUAAUUCAUGUUGACCAACCUCGACUUGGACUGCCUUCCAGAGACUACUAUGAAUGCACUGGAAUCUAUAAAGAGGCUUGUACAGCAUAUGUGGAUUUUAUGAUUUCUGUGGCCAAAUUGAUUCGUCAGGAGAGACAACUGCCUGUCGAUGAAAACCAGAUUUCUUUGGAAAUGAAUAAAGUUAUGGAAUUGGAAAAAGAAAUUGCCAAUGCUACAACUAAAUCUGAAGAUAGAAAUGAUCCAAUGCUUCUUUAUAACAAAAUGACAUUAGCCCAGAUCCAAAAUAACUUUUCACUAGAGAUCAAUGGGAAGCCAUUCAGCUGGUCAAAUUUCACAAAUGAAAUCAUGUCAACUGUGAAUAUUAAUAUUCCAAAUGAGGAAGAUGUGGUUGUUUAUGCUCCAGAAUAUUUAACCAAACUUAAGGUCAUUCUUACCAAAUAUUCUGCCAGAGAUCUUCAAAAUUUAAUGUCCUGGCGGUUCAUAAUGGAUCUUGUAAGCAGCCUCAGCCGAACCUACAAGGAGUCCAGAAAUGCUUUCCGCAAGGCUCUUUAUGGCACAACAUCAGAAACAGCGACUUGGAGACGUUGUGCAAACUAUGUCAAUGGGAAUAUGGAAAAUGCUGUGGGAAGGCUCUAUGUGGAAGCGGCAUUUUCUGGAGACAGUAAACAUGUGGUUGAGGAUUUAAUUGCACAGAUCCGAGAAGUUUUUAUUCAGACUUUAGAUGACCUUACUUGGAUGGAUGCUGAAACGAAAAAGAAAGCAGAAGAAAAGGCCUUAGCAAUUAAAGAAAGGAUUGGCUAUCCUGAUGACAUUAUUUCAAAUGACAACAAACUGAAUAAUGAAUACCUUGAGUUGAGCUACAAAGAAGAUGAAUACUUUGAGAACAUAAUUCAAAACUUGAAGUUCAGCCAAAAUAAACAACUAAAGAAGCUUCGAGAAAAGGUGGACAAGGAUGAGUGGAUAAGCGGAGCAGCUGUAGUCAAUGCAUUUUAUUCUUCAGGCAGAAAUCAGAUAGUCUUCCCAGCUGGCAUUCUGCAGCCCCCCUUCUUCAGUGCCCAGCAGUCUAAUUCAUUGAACUAUGGGGGCAUCGGCAUGGUCAUAGGACACGAAAUCACCCAUGGCUUUGAUGACAAUGGCAGAAAUUUUAACAAGGAUGGAGACCUCGUUGACUGGUGGACUCAACAGUCUGCAAAUAAUUUUAAAGACCAAUCCCAAUGCAUGGUGUACCAGUAUGGAAACUUCUCCUGGGACCUAGCAGGUGGACAGCAUCUGAAUGGAAUUAAUACACUGGGAGAAAACAUUGCUGAUAAUGGUGGUAUUGGCCAAGCAUACAGAGCCUAUCAAAAUUAUGUUAAAAAGCAUGGUGAAGAGAAAUUACUUCCUGGACUUGACCUAAAUCACAAACAACUGUUCUUCUUGAAUUUUGCCCAGGUAUGGUGUGGGACCUACAGGCCAGAGUAUGCAGUCAACUCCAUUAAAACAGAUGUGCACAGUCCAGGCAAUUUCAGGAUUAUUGGGACUUUGCAGAACUCUCCUGAGUUUUCAGAAGCCUUUCACUGCCGCAAGAACUCAUACAUGAAUCCAGAAAAGAAAUGCCGGGUUUGGUAAUCUUCAGAAGUGGUGCAGCCCUUGGCUAGACUUGCCCAUAUCACAGAAGUGGGGAACUCUAUCCGAGAGGAAAAGGGCCAGAGAGGUCACUGAUUACAUGGGGGUAGUUCUCGGGGAUGAGAGCAUUGCAAUAAAAAUGAAGCUAGGCUAUUCUGGAAAAGGUGUGGAGGGAGGAGGGGUCUAAUGUCUAUCAAGUCAAUCACUUCUCAGUGUGUAAAUAAUGCUUAAUCUCUAAAGAGAAUAUUAUUCUCCAUUCACUUCUGUUUCUCAUAUGAUCUGCCAGUUUGAUGUUGACUCUCGAUGUAGACCGGGAUUUCUAAUCAAAGGGAGAAAGAAGAGGUAGAAGAAUUCAGCUGGCACCAAAAGCACAGCAGUGACGUGAGAGUUAAAAACAUGUUGCUUAUGUACUUGUUUUUACUUUUAUUUGCAACAUUUAUGCUCCUUCAAAACUCUUCCAAAGAUUUCUUAUACAUAUUGGGGCCUUGGGACUUAAUGUAGUUUUAAUCUAAUUUUGCCAAUCAUUAGUUAUUCAUUCUGAAAGCAUUGUAUUUUAAGCACUCUUAGGGCUAAAAUGAAUGUUUAAAACUGUUUUUUGUUGUACCUGCUUUGACUGAUUAUGAGAUUCUUGAGGCUCUGUGCAAUUUUCUAAGCAAUUUCUUGUUCUUUCU